AUGAAUUACUUGUUUGCAUACCUUUUAUCUUUUUGUGUUCUUGUUAUUACCCUUCUUCUUAUUGCUAUUCUUAAAAGAUGUUUCUCAUUACAGUCUUGUAUUUCAAGAAAAUUAACUCAUAUUUUAACUGGUCCUUUUUUUAUUUUAACUUGGAAAUUUUAUCCAAAUACCUCUCUUUCUUGUUAUAUUGCUGCAACUCUUCCAUUGGCAAUUUCUAUCUUAUUAUUAUUUUGUUAUCUUUUCCAGAAAUUAUCUUUAUCUCAAUUUAUCCUUCAAAUUAUGUCAAGAAAUAAAGACCCUCAUGAAUUACUCGAAGGCCCUUUUAUUUAUGGAGUUGUUAUUUCUCUUAUUACUAUGCUCUUUUGGUAUGACACACCUAUUGGUAUUAUUUCUAUUAUCAUUUUAUGUUUAGGAGAUGGAAUGGCUGAUAUAAUUGGUUCUCAGAGUACAAGAGCAAUUCCAGCCCCAUUCGGUAGAAAAACAUUUGAUGGGUGUUGCUCUUUUAUCUUCUUUAGUUUUAUUGGUUGUUUAGUCUUCGAAUAUAUAAUAUUUAGGCAAAUCUGGAUACUCAAUACCCUAGCUAUCGUUAGUCUUGGUUGUCUUACUGAGUUUAUUUCUCCAUCAUUAUUUGAUAACUUAACUAUUACAUUAACAACGUCAAUAACAGCUUUUUUUAUUCAAUGGUAA